AUGGCAGAAUCAAGUGUUUCUUGGGCUCAGGAUGAGUUCAGGUGUUCAAUCUGUCUGAAUCUACUGAAGGAUCCAGUGACCCUUACCUGUGGACACAGUUACUGUAUGAGCUGUAUUACAGGCUGCUGGAAUCAGGAUGAUCAGAAGGGAGUCUACAGCUGCCCUCAGUGCAGACAGACCUUCACUCCAAGACCUGUUUUAGGUAAAAACACCAUGCUGGCUCAAGUGGUGGAGAAACUCAAGACCAAACUACAAGCUGCUCAAUUACAAGAUGCUCAUCCUGCUCAAUGUUAUGCUGAACCUGGAGAUGUGGAGUGUGAUGUCUGUACUGGGAAAAAAUAUAAAGCCAUCAAGUCCUGUCUGGUGUGUCUGGAAUCUUAUUGUCAGACCCAUUUUGAACGUCAUGAAGAAUUUCACUCUGGCAAACAACACGAAGUGACAGAUACCAUUGGAGAAUUAAAAGAGAUGAUCUGCCCUCAACAUGAAAAACUGAAGGAGAUUUUCUGUCGUACUGACCAGUGCUGUAUAUGUUAUAUGUGUAUGGUGGAUGAACACAAAAACCACAACACUGUAUCAGCUGCUGCAGAGAGAACUGAGAAACAGAAACACGUGGAAGAGACCCAGAGAAAAUUCCAGCAGAGAAUCCAGGAGAGACAGAAGGAGCUUGAUGAGCUGAGAGAGACUCUACUGUCUUACAAGCGCUCUGCACAGGCAGCAGUGGAGGACAGUGAGAGGAUCUUUACUGAGCUGAUCCGCUCCAUUGAGAGAAGCCUCUCUGAGGUGACACAGCUGAUCAGAGAUCAGGAAGAGAUUGAAGUGAGUCAAACUGAAGGACGACUGAAGCAACUGGAGCAGGAGAUUGAAGAUCUGAGGAGGAGAGACGCUGAGCUGGAGCAACAUUCACAUACAGACCAUCAUGUCCGUUUCCUCCAGCGUCUCCAGUCUCUCUCCAUUCCUCCUGAAUUUACAGAUGCCCACAAAAUCACUGUCAGUUCUCAUCUCUCUUUUGAUGAUGUUGGUAAAUCUGUGUCUGAUCUAAAAGAGAAACUGGAGCAUUUCUGCAGAGAGGAGAUAAAAAAGAUAUCUGCUAGAGGUAAAAUACUGGACACAACUGCUUCCUCAGUGCAACACAUCCAGACCAUUCCCACUCCAGAAUAUGAGACCAGGAAGGAGUUCCUACAAUAUUUCCAGCGAUUCACUCUGGACCCAAACACAGCAUUUAAAUACCUUUAUCUGUCUGAAGGAAACAGAGUGCUUACGUUCGGCCAUAUACAGCCAUAUCCUGAUCAUCCAGAAAGAUUUGAUGUAUACGCUCAGGCGUUGUGCAGAGAGAGCGUGAGUGGACGCUCUUACUGGGAGGUUGGAUGGACUGGACAAAGAUGGUUGAGUAUAGCAGUGUCAUAUAAGAGUAUUGGCAGAAAGGGAGGUGGUGAUGCAAGUAAAAUGGGAUAUAAUACACAUUCCUGGUCUUUGAUGUGCUUUCAACACCAAUGUCAGUUCUGGCACAAUAAAGUACCGACUGUACUCCCUGCAGUCCCCUGGCCCUCUAGAAUAGGAGUGUAUGUGGAUCAAAGUGCAGGAACUCUGUCCUUCUACAGAGUCUCUGACAAAAUGAACCUCAUUCACAGAGUCCACACCAAAUUCACUCAGCCUCUCUAUCCUGCGUUCUGGAUAGAUCCACCAAUAGGUGUGAGACUGUUUGAUGUUUAAUAUAGAUGGUAUAAAGAUUCUGUCAAUAAUAAUCCUAAAUCACAGGGUUUGAGUUUCAGAUUAAUAUAAUUGUUGUAGGUUUAAGACUAAAGACGUUAAUGUCUUAAUUUAGCUUGUUAAAUACUGGUAAAUAUAUCCUGUUUAUGACAUAGACAAAAAACAAAGGGCCUAAACUUGCAAGUGGUAUAUAUAUUUAUGUAAAAAUAGAAUCAUUAACAUGCAUUUAAUAAAAAAACAUGUAUUUUGUAUUUAAAACAGAUGAAAGCUAAUCAUCACUAAUGCUGAUUUUUGUAUAUUAAUUUUGUAGAUGUAUACAUAUGAGCUUCAUACAACUAUCAAAAUGUGAUCUUUCUCUAACCACAUUUGAUUUCACAAGUAGUUACAAAUAAAUGGCAAGUAACACAUUGAAUUAAAUGUGAAAUUUUGAAGUAGAAAGACUGAAAUAGUAUUUUGUUGUAAAACAUACUUCUCUUUAGACUGUUAGAUUAUCUAAACUUUCAUUCCUUUUCUUUUCAUAACCCUUAUUCUUGAAUAAAUUUUACCCCUCCAGUUUUAUUUGUAGUUGUCAAAAUUUCUAGGUCUGUUCUCAUUGGAAGAAUAAAAUCCACCAAUUUCACCCAUAACUUCACCAGCGUCUCCAAUUGUACACACACACAAAUAUAUAUUAUAUAUAAUAGAUGUCAUCAUUAUAAAUAAAAAAUAAAGCUUAA